UUUCUGAUACGUCUACUCUUUUACACCUUACUGUAAUCAACAAUCGAAUUUUUCGGAAAGAAAAAUCAGAAAUUUAGAGUUGGAUUUUGAUCUUCUUCGACUGUCAGCAUGUCUGCCAAACAGCAGAGUAAAUCCGGAAUGUGGAAUACACAAACGCCAUCGUAUUCAAAAGAAACUCAAGAGUUACUGAAAGUUAUGAUGAAAGAAUCAAAACUCAAUAAUUUCCAGACAAGACAGCUGCAGAAAACAAUGCAAGAUGGUGCUUCCCUGCCCCUAUCUUGUAACCCAACAACAAGCGCCAAACCAGCACAACCUGUACCCCAUCAGAAGCCCAGUGCCAGGGUGAGUCCGAUGGCCCAUGGUAAGGGAGUACGCUCCAAGGAAGUUAUAGAGGAGUCGGGAGCCUAUGAGAGACCCAAGUACCCAGGUGGCGGGGUGACAAAAUCAUUAGACAAGGAGAAAGAAAGAUUAGCAAAUUACAUGGCGUACGGUGAAGACAUCCCUCCUAUCACGGAAGAGCGUAAACGAGAAGUUCUGAAGACUCCUGAACCGGAACCCAUUAUUGAUAGAUUUGCAGAUUUGGAAGCAGAGAUUCAAGAGAGAGUCGAGUUUCUCGAGGACAUGAGGAAACUAGGCAAGGAGAAGCAUUACAAAACCAUCAUCAAUACAGAAAUAUCUCAGAAAAUCCGUGAAAUGGAAGUUAUUGACAAACAGAGGACCCAGCAACUUAAGAAGGCAAUAGCAGAGAAGGAAUCAUUACAAGGUAGCUGAGAUUACCGACCUUGUAAAUAUAUUGUAGAUAUUAUAUAUUGUAUAUUACAUAUUUCUACCAUUGACAAGUGAUUUGUUACAUGUGUCAAGUAGAGAGCUUAUGUUGUAGAUGGGGGGGGGGGGUCAGUUUGUAGCAUACUCUGAUGAUCUUGCUCAUGAACCUAUUGAGAUGGACAAUUUGACAUUUAAGUUUCUGAUCCAUAUUCAUAGGAGUAGGUUUGAGCUAAAAGCAUGAAAAUUUAAUUCAUUUUGUGACAGAUAAGACUGUGUGGACAACAUGGCCCGUAUUGUGAACUCAGAUAUAAAGUAAUGUGGUUUAACUAUGGAGAGCCAAUUGGGGGCACAAAUCCCUGAUAUUACACAUCUAAUCUAUUUUAUCAUAUGACACUCAAACUGUCCAUAAUUAUGUGGGAAUGAUAACUGAAGUGUUAUUGAAGAAUUUUUCUC